AUGCCGUAUGUUCAUGACUUGUUCGAUGAUCUGCGUGACGGCCGAGUGCUUUUGCGAUUGCUAGAACUACUAUCUGGCAAAUUUCUCGCCGAGCCACAUCAGAGUCACAUGCGUAUUCAUCAAUUGGAGAAUGUGAGCAAAGCACUGCGAUUCCUAUGCGCUCAGGGUGCUCAUAUAGAGAAUUUGGGUGCACAAGACGUCGUGGACGGAAAUCCCCGAUUGACUCUUGGAUUGAUUUGGACCAUCAUUUUGCACUUCCAGGUUCAAACAAUUAUGUUGAAAGAAUCCGACGAGACCGCUGAAAACGGCCGGAUAUCCACAAGUUCACGUGGUCGACUUCACAACAAGCUGGCGUGA